AUGGCUUGCAAACCGGAUAAUAUCUUUGAAAAGUCGGCCAUGAAGGUCGUUAUUGUUGGAGGAUCAAUCUCUGGCCUUAUGUCUGGGAUUGCACUCAAGCAUGGCGGCCAUGACGUGACCAUAAUCGAACAGGACAAUGACCAACGUCAGAGCCAUAUGGCCGGUGUAGUCCUUGGUCCUGACACGGUUGAAUAUUUGGCACGCCAUGAUCGCCAGAAUAGUCCAUUUUGUUCUCCCAGUUACAAAAUCCAGUCCCUCUUAACAGAAGACGGGUCUACAAAGUCACUUGCAACGGUGACCCGUGAGGUUACGGCGUGGGAUGCUCUAUACUAUCGCUUGCGGUCCUGCUUCGAUGGCUACAUAAGCUCAUACUAUCCAUCACAUCCCACUCCAUUAACUACAGAUGGUUCUGCAAAGCUUCUUUCACGUCAUGAAGUAUUUGAUUUUUCCCGAAGUACAUCUGGUCAGCAAAUGAUCUUGGAAGUAAGGGAUCUCGAUGGACACAAAACAUUCGAGAUCGAAGCAGACAUGGUCAUUGGUGCAGAUGGCCCAAACUCUUUCAUCAGGCGACGGUAUUUGCCCAAAGUCCAGCGUCAAUAUGUGGGCUAUGUGAUCUGGCGGGGCACUGUGCCCGAGGGCGAGGUUUCGCCUGCUCUGUUGGAGUCUUUCAAGGACAGCCUGACGAUCUGUGCCUCACAGCGACAAUACUGCAUGGCAUACAUUAUCCCGGGAAAGGACGGCUCGCUCGAGCCUGGUCAGCGGCUACUCAACCUUGCCUGGUACACGAACCAGUCAGUCGAAGAUUUGAAUCGCAUCAUGUUAGACAGACUUGAUGGACACAAGCACGCAACGACGGUACCCUCGGGACAUGUUCAAGAGGAGGUAUGGGUUGCACAGAAAAAGCAGGCUCGGGCGGCUGGAUUCCCCUCCCCAUGUCUUGAUGUAAUCUUCAAGAUACGACAGCCUUUCCUCCAAGCUGUCACAGAGAUGUUUUCAUCUCAAGCGGCAUUUGAGGACGGCAAGGUUCUGCUUGUUGGCGAUGCGCUGUGCCUCUCUCGCCCCCACGUUGGAUCGGGCGUGAGCCAGGCCGCUUUCGACGCAUUGAGCUUGGAGGAUUUGGCCGCGGGAAGGAUCUCCUUGCAGCAGUGGGAGACUAGAGUAGUGCGAUACGCGCACCUGCAUUCCACCCAGGCUACCUGGUGGGGAAAGUGGUACCAACAACACUGGACCAGGGCAAUGCCAUACGGCCUGUACUACUGGGCUUGCUACGGUAUUGAGAGGCUGAGGUCAUGGUGGGAAGGACACUAA